AUGACUCCAAUAAAGCGUACUUCUCUUAUAACAACAAAGUAUACUGGACAUAUUGAAGACAUUUCUAUACUUCAAACAUUGCUUCGUACUGAUCUAUCAAAGCCACGAAUACCAGUAACACAUCUUUUCAUUGCUCAUUAUCAUGCUUAUCCAUGUACAGUUGUAAUUCAAGCUUCAACUAGUCUAGGUAAACUUCAUGUUCCUACGAUACGUCGUUAUCUUGAAAUCGAUCAUAAACAUAAUUCAAUAGAAGAUAUUGUCAAACGUGAAUAUCAUCCAAUAGUACGUUCUUUGUAUAUAACUGAUUUUCUUGCUCAUCUCGGUAAUGGUAUUAUGCUUGAUUGUGAAAAUUGUCAAUUAAUAAAUGAUGUCGAUAAUCCGAAUAAAUAUAAAUCAGAUGGAUUUCAUGAUUAUUUUUUAAUAGUUGAUAAAGCACGAAUUAAUUAUUUACCUGAACACGAUAUUUAUGUCAAUGAAGAAUUAGCCAGUAAAUUAUCAUCAUUUUAUGUUCUUCAAUCAAAGGCAACAACUAUUCAAGUAUUUUAA